AUCAUUAGACCCGCAUACAUUUGCCAGCUAUAAAUUCCCUAUCCCUAUCUUUGGGCGGGCAGUCCGUAGUCGGUUUUAAGUGAGAUGUUCUGCGGCCCCUUUUAAGAGCACCACCGCAGCUGUAGCAAAAAAAUGACGCUCUACAUUGAGGUCCUAGUGUUUGGGGCUCUGCUGGGGUUGCCUUUUUUAUAUGAAACCAGACCGGCCUUUUGCUAUUGCCUAAAGUUUUUAGUGUAUUACGCCGUUGUAAUGUUAAAUUCAGUUAUAUUGAUACCAGUGUUUCUUCUGAGGCCCUGGAGUGUCUUCAACUUGGUGAUUGCUUCAUAUUUUUGCCGUUGGAUCACUCAUCUGAUAGGCGUUAAAUGGGAGCUUAGAAACGGUGAAAUCCUGGAACCCCAAGAACCGUGUAUAAUUGUCUCCAAUCAUCAAAGUUCCUUAGAUAUCCUGGGGAUGUUUCAAAUAUGGUCCACAAUGGGCAGAUGUACAGUGAUAGCCAAAAAAGAGCUUUUUUGGGCUUGGCCGUUUGGAAUGGCUGCAUGGUUGGCGGGUCUGGUGUUCAUUCCCAGAGUGAAAACCAAAGCCGAACAAGCUAAGGCCGUCAUUAAUGAGGCUGUGGAAAAAGUGGCUCAAGAAAAGACAAAAUUAUGGAUAUUUCCCGAAGGAACUAGGAGAAACACAGGCGAAAUUCAUCCAUUCAAGAAGGGCGCGUUUCAUUCGGCAAUCUCAGCUCAAUUACCAGUGAUUCCCGUCGUUUUUAGCAACUACUAUUUUUUGGAUAGACCGAACAAGAAAUUCGAUCAAGGUGUGGUAAUAGUGAAAGUCCUCGAACCUUUAAGUACAAAAGGCCUCACACUAGAUGAUGUGGAAAAGUUCACGGAUCUGGUGUAUGAAAAAAUGUCACAAGCUUUUCACCAGAUCAACAAAGAAGCUCUAAUUCAUCGAGAGUCCAGCAAACAUAGCGCUUCCAAUUUCACUCUACUGAAGUGAUUUUACAGCGCUGGUUAAACAAAAACUCAAGCUUCAGUCGUUUAAAUCUGAAUAUCGUUAACCUGAGAAAUUAUUGUGUAUGUAUUUGUUUUUGUGUUUAUGUUUUUACCUCUCUUGACUGUAUGCCAUAUUAUUUUUUGCGACAACGAAUGGUCUCAAGUUAAAAUAGUGAAACGGAACGGCAAAAUUAUCAAAGGUUUGGUUGAAAGUUAAGACUGAACAAGAAGGGCCUAGAUGCUAGACUUUCAAUCUUUUUGAUAAUGUCUGUAUUUCUCUAUCGCUAGAGCGACUCAUACAUAGAGUUUCUAUUUCAUUUAAUUUUAAACUACGAUAAACCAAAGUUAUUUUAAACUAGCUGACAGCAUUCCUAAACGUUUCUCUAGGCAUAAGAAAAGACAUUUUAUAUUCGUUUUAUGUUUAGACUGUUCUAUAGUAGGCCUAAGUUUUUUUGAAUUAUAUUAUGAACAUUUCAGUUUUGGGGCAUAAUAGUUAAGAAUGAUACAUAAGUCUCCAUAGUUUCUGGGAAGAUAAUGACAUUCUUACAUAAGGUAGAUUUUUUCACUAAUAGAUCAAAACCAAAAAGGCAUUGCCUUGAUUAUGCUUUCAUAAGAGCGCAUUAAGUUUAUGUUCCAUCAUAUAGGAAGCCAUUGUUCGCACAUUUUUGGUUUGUUCUAGUUAAACGCUUUUAAAAUCGUGCCAUGUAUAAGUGCUUAUUAAAACUGAUAUUUCUUGCGUUCUUUACCUGAUAACAGUUUUCAACUUCAAACGUAUUAUUAGUUUAACGUUGUAUUUAUGUGUAGUGAUUUUGAUGUCCUAAGCAAAUAACCGAUAAUCCAUUUUACGAUGCCUACAAGCUGUUUAAAUUAAUUGUUUAUCAGUAUCGCUUGUUGCAUACAGACGGUUAUAGUUUUUGUACUUUCGCUUUGAGCAUUCGUUUCAGGCACAAAUUGAUUUUUCUGUUAUUUAAUAUCGAAUUUCUAGUCUUAGUCUACACUAAGUAAUCUCGUUUAUUGCCAUUCCUGUAUUGGUUGUGAUCAAAUCUUUUGCCAAAAAUUAUUAUUUAGGUUGUAAGUGUUUUAGUUUUAUAGAACAUACCUAGUGGGUUUUCGCCUGUACUCUACGGAAUUUAUGUUAUUGAAACAAUGUUUACCGGUUCAGUUUUAUAUUAAAGAAGAAUGAAACGUGGUCAGAUUACUAUUGAAUUUUAAGUCGAGUAUUCUGUAUAGAAACUGAAGAAAAUUGCUGUUACAGUCAAAAUUUCACUACAGAGAGUGCAGAAUAUCCUUUUUGAAGUUAAAUUGGGACAACAAACGUUUUGGUUUCUCCUUGAGAAAUUGGGAAAAGUUUUUCGAGUGAACGAAAUGUUAUGCUUCUCGAGGUAUAUUUUUGGGAGCAUUUUGCAAUAUUAAUUUUUAUCGAAGAAAUCAAGAAAAUUGCAAUCAAAGUGAAAUUUUUACUACCUACUGAUCAAAUAUUCUCUUUAAAAUUUACUAAAAAUCUUACAAUAUUGCCGUGACCAAUUUUUGAAAAGUCUGUGUGCAAACGUUCACUCACUUCCUGUGCUUUUGGAAAAAUUGUUAAAAAUCGACGAACAAUCUGGCCAAAAUUGAUUGUCCUAAUUUUUAUCAAAAAAAUGGGAAUGUUUGUAUGUUUUGCCGAUAGCACAUAUUUUAUAGCAAUUUACUCAAAUAUACAGCAGCACAAGAUGGAAUAUUUAUUUUAGCAGUAUGAGCUGUAUUAGUACUGUUAAGGAAAACAUGAUUUGUUAAAAUCUCUUCAGUUUUAACUCUCAAAGCAAGCAGUAUUCAUGGAAGUAUCAGCAAGAUUUUUUAUUGAAUGUCAUCAGUUUUGUAUUAUUUGCUCAAUAAAAAAUACAAAGUUCGAA